AUGAAUCAGAAUAAGCAAGUAGUCAAAGGUGCGGGUGUCAAGAAAACAGGCGCGAAGAAUUCGAACGAAAAUUUAAAAAUAAAUCAAGCGCAACCCCUCAGCUACCAAGAGAGACCGAAGCAGCAUCAACUCUCUGGAUCUCAAGAAAAACUGAAAUUUCUUCCGUCUGCGAAUCAUGAGAAAAACCAACCGAGAAGUGGAGAAAAAUGGUCUCAUUCGAAACUUUAUCCGACUUCAAAUUUGCGGAAACAACUUCCUCCGAAAGCAAAGAAUGGAGCGAAGAAGAGAGGAUCGAACGAGAAGAAGAGUUCUUCUAUUAUGAAGUCGAUCAGUCGAGAUGAAGAUGAAGAGAAGGCGGGAGGUAUGUUGGAACGGAAGAGAUCUGUGGAGCAACAAGCGGAGAUGGAGGAUACGUUGAAGUUGGAGAAGAAGGUGUCGACAAGUACGAUUCCGGCGGCAAAGGUGAAGGUAGAGAAGGAGAAAGAGAAGGGGAAGAAGAAGGAAGAAGAAGGGAAGUUGAAGAAGAAAGAAGAGGAAAAAGAGAAGGAAAAAGAAAAGGAAAAAGAAAAGGAAAAAGAAAAAGAGGAUGAGUUCGCAAGUGAUAAGAAAGACGAUACGCAAAAAGAGCGAGAAGAGAGAGCGGAGAUGAUCAAGAAGUGGGCAUCGCAUGUCAUGUUGAGCAACCCAACUCAACUACUCAGAGAAUACAAGGCUGUUAGCGCGGAUGCGCCAGAUGCCGAGUGUGUUUUCUAUGUGAAGAACACGGAACGUAAUCGUUAUCCGAAUAUCCCUUGCUACGAUCGUUCUCGUUUCAUUCUUCCUGGAGAUGAAUCAUUCUACAUUCAUGCCAACUACGUCAAGGUCUGCUCGAGACCCGAUCGUUUCAUGUGUACUCAGGGACCGAUGGAGCACACGAUGUGUGAUUUCUGGAAGAUGGUUAUUGCAUUGGAAUCCACUACUAUCAUUAUGUUGUGUGCUUUUGUGGAGAAUGGAACCGAUAAGUGCUCCAGAUAUUUUUCCGAAGUUAUUGGAUGCGUCGAUCUGGAAGAUGUGAAAGUGUUCACUGAAUCUUGUGUCGAAGUAGAAUGUGGAAGUAUCGACAAGUACAUUCAGAGACACUUGAAAGUUGUUGUCAAGGCGACUGGAAAAGAAUGGAAACUGACUCAUUAUCAAUGGGCAACUUGGCCGGAUCAGGGAAUGCCUGAAUCUUGUGAAAUGUCGCUUCGUCUCUUGUCUACUGUCAGAAAGAAUAAGAAGCCUAUUGUCGUUCACUGUUCUGCAGGAGUCGGUCGUACUGGAACUCUUGUUUUCAUCGAAUCGUUGAUCUCAUCUCUCCGUCUUCUCAAAGAACCGGGUGUCAAGGAAACAUUUGCGAUUUUGAGAAAGGAUCGUGCUAAAAGUGUUCAGACUUUUGCUCAAUAUGUAUAUGCUCUCCGCUGUGUUCUGGAGUAUAUCUUCUCAAAAGGAGUCCAGAAAAACGAGCAAGAAUGGGCGAAGUUCGAGCAUACUUAUGCGAAAAUCAAGGCGAAGAAGGGAAAACCACAGUUGAAUGAGAAGAAAGUGAAGAAGAACUCGUUGUCUCAAGAGAACUCGGAAACAAAUCUCGCUGAUCCGGCUGCUAAGAAACUGACGCCAACUCAACCCGCUCUACCAGCAGGAUUUUCUGAAGUUCAGACUCCGAAUCAUGGAGAUUCAACUGGACCAUCUCCAAUGACAUCCCCACUUCCAUCCCCAUUGACUCCAUCUACAUCAACUGCUCCAUCUCUCGUCUCGCCGAUUUCUCCAAUGACUCCACCGACUCACAGCUCUAAAAUCAUUGAUCUCACUCUUUCUAUGCCACCUCCUGUCUCGAAACCUAGUUUCCAAUUUCCUUCGAACGAAUAA